AUGCAGGUGACUCAGAUGCCGGCUUUCGUUCCAGGGCUUCCCGGAGUUCCGUCCAUGAUGCCAGUGGUUCUGCAGCCUGCGUUGCCGAUGCCCGCGAUGCUCUCUGCCGUGUGUGCGAUUCCGGUGGUGAUGGUUGGUUUGCCUGUUCAGCAGAUGGAGAGCCAAAUCCCCCCUCGUGAGCUCUCACCGGUCGGGUGUGGGGUUUCGGAUGAUGUGGCGGCAGCUACUGCAUUCAGUGAGCCGGCGUCAGACGAUUCUUCAAGCACCACGUCCGACUUCUCGGAAUCGCCUGUGCUGGGCAAGGUCUGGCAGCUGUCGCAGAGGCAGAAGGGUUGCAGGAAGGUUCAGGAGGCCGUGGAUCAGGCUUGUAACGAGCUGAGGAAGCAGAUUGCGCAGGAGCUUUCCGGACAUGUCGUGGCCGCAGCCCUGUCGCCCAAUGCCAACCAUGUCUUGCAACGUCUGGUGGCCACGCUCAGACCGCAGGACUGCCAGCCACUCAUUGAUGAGCUCCUGCAGGCCGGGGCGGCAACAGUCCUGGAGGUUGCCCGCCAUCAGUAUGGAUGCCGAGUGAUUCAGCGUUUGCUUGAACACUGUCAACAGGAGCAGAUGGAGGCAGUGGCAAACAUCUUGAUGUCCGAUGCCCUUCCUCUGGCACGUCAUGCCUACGGAAGCUUUGUCAUGCAGCAACUCCUGCGAUACGGCUCCCCUGCGCAGCAGCACAAUCUCUGUCAAUCAUUCAAGGCCAGCAUCCAGGAGCUUCUCUCCCACCAGGCGGCCUCUCCCGUCAUUGCGAAGGCACUCGUCCAUUCGUCGCCAGAAGACCGGGUGAGCCUGGCUCGAGCGGCUGUGGGCCGGCACCUUGCCGAUGUGGCCAUCACGAGGUACGGCCACGAAGCCGUGCAGAGGGUGCUGCAGGUGCUCGUUGGAGAGGACUUCAACGCAGCAUGCGCGGCGCUUCGGCCACGUCUGGCGGCGCUUUGGGCCGCGCGCUACGGCCGUCUUGUGGUCAAGUCUGUACCGGAGCUUCACCGACUCUGUGCGGGCAUGACCCGCUCGGAGGCAUUGGCAAGUGCUUGA